AUGUCAACCACCACAACCGUUACGGCACCCACACCCGCACAAGCACCACCGGUGCCGACGCCGCUCGGUUCGGCGCUGGACUCGGGCAAGGCGGGUGGCGGCAAGGUCAAGCGCCUACACCAGAUCCCGGUUCCCGAAUCCAAAGAAGCCGCCCGAAAAUGGCAGCUGGAACAGAUGGCAGCCGCGUUUCGCAUCUUUGCCAAAUUGGGAUUUUCUGAUGGAAGCAGUGGGCACAUCAGUCUACGAGUGCAUUUUGGCGUGCUAAAGGUGUCGGACAUGGUUCACAUCGAUGAGGAUGGCAACCGCAUUGGCGGUGCAGACAAGCCGGUAAAUACCGCCGGCUUCACCAUUCACUCCGUUCUCCACAAGAGAAGGCCGGAUAUCAACGCCGCCUGCCACAUGCACAGCCCCUACGGCCGGGCGUGGAGCACUUUCGGACGUCCGAUCGACAUGCUUAACCAAGACUCAUGCAUGUUCUACAACGACCUCUCUGUCUACGAAGGAUUCGGUGGCGUCGUACUGGCAAAGGAAGAGGGCGAGCAUAUCGCCGAAGCCCUCGGCCCCACCAACAAGAACAUCAUCCUCCAAAACCACGGACUACUCACCGCCGGUGGGACGGUGGCUGAGGCAGCUGCGUUCUUUAUCGCGCUUGAACGUUGUUGCCAGGCUCAGUUCCUUGUUGAGCAGGCUGUUGCUCCUGGAACCAACGGUGCUGCCGGUGGACUGAAGAAGACGUUUGUCGGCGAAGAGGAGGCGCAGUACACAAAGGAUGGCACGGGUACACCGGAAGUCAUGUAUAUGCAGUUUGUACCAGAGUAUCAGUUGAUUUUGAAGGAGUCAGGAGGCGACUUUUUAUUAUGA